CUAACCCAUAAAGUAACAUUUAGCAUGACUUCCUACGAGACACCAGCAUCGGAAAAACGCUUUUCCUGCUACGAAAUUCCGCCGUCCCCACCCUAUCUCUCUCUACAGAAAGCAGUUCCAGCUUCUUCUUCAAUUCAAUCUCUCAAUUACAGCUCAAAAUGGUUGAGAAUCACGCUUCAGAUAUGCGUCUCGUUCCGUUACUUUUCGUUUCUUGCUCUGUUCUUGAUUGAAUCUACAUUAUGGAGUUAAUGAUUUGCUUAAUAUAUUGAGUCAUUCUGCAUCAAGGUUUGAGGUUUUACUGUUGAAAGAUUGUUUCUUUGGUAGUUUUUGAUCAUGGGUUUGAGUCUUUCUACGUCUGGGUUUAAGAGAAGAUUGUUUCCGUUUUAGUUUUUGAUCAUGGGUUUUGUUGUUUAUUGCAUCUUUUUCGUGGGAUUUGAUUUUUUGGUGGAGAAAUCGAAUUUGAGAAGAGAGAUCUUUUGUUUUAUGUUUCUGUGUGCAUGUUUCUUUCUUUGUCGCUAAGUUCUAUGUGGGGCAGCCAUCUUUUUCUAUGAUGUAUAUAAUGAUAGGACAUGGUUUAACAAAAUAAUUUAGUUAUUUGUAC